AUGUCUUCACCUAGAACCACGAAAGCCUGGACGGUUGAUGGUAGCGGCAGCUUUGACUGUCUCAAGUUUCACAAGGAGCUCGUUCUUCCUGAGCUCUCCGACAACGAGGUACUGGUCAAAUUCCAUGCGGCAUCUCUCAACUACCGCGACAUCAUCAUUCCUCUGGGCCAAUAUCCUUUCCCAGUGGCGCCGAAUGUCGUCCCAGGCUCUGAUGGAGCUGGAGAAGUUGUAGCAGUUGGCUCUAAGGUCACCCGCUUUGAGCAAGGCUCUAAGGUUCUGACACUGUUCAACCAGGCUCAUUACGGUGGGCCAUUGACCCCAAAAGUUUUGGGGACAGGGCUAGGUGGUGCCAUUGAUGGCACUCUACGACAGUACGGCAUUUUCAACGAGAACGGGCUGGUCGAUAUGCCGAAGAACCUCAGCUAUCUGGAGGCCGGAACACUCUCUUGCAGCGCCCUGACGGCGUGGAAUGCUCUCUACGGGCUUAACCCAGUCCUCCCCGGCGACUGGGUCCUAACGCAGGGUACGGGCGGUGUGAGUAUCUCUGGCCUGCAGUUUGCGAAGGCGGCAGGCGCUCGAGUCAUCGCGACGACUUCCUCUGCAGCGAAGGCUGAGACGUUGAAGAAGCUCGGAGCAGACUAUGUCAUCAAUUACAAGGAGAAUCCGAAUUGGGGUGACAAGGCGACGAACCUCACGGGAGGUGUCCAACAUGUCAUCGAGGUUGGAGGCGCGACAACUGUGACACAGAGUCUGAAAGCCGUCGCCAUUGGUGGUGUUGUCACUAUCAUUGGUUGGAUAGGCGGAGAGGAAGAGAAGGGACCGUAUUUCCCCCAGAUUUCAUCCAGCAUGGCUGUUGUGAGGGGAAUCGUUGUUGGAAGCCGAGAACAAUUUGAAGCAAUGAUCCGGACGAUUGAGGCCUGUGACAUCAAGCCCAUUCUUGAUCAACAAGUAUUCAAGCUCGAGGACCUCAAAGAGGCCUACAAAUACCAAUGGGAUCAGAAGCAUUUCAGCAAAGUUGCAAUCAAAAUUGAGUAG